AUGGACAGUCAUGGAGUUGCUUUCUUCUGCUCCUCCAUUGAGUGGAUGAGCUUGAUCAUGGCAGAUGGUCAUGGGGUUGGUUUCUUGUGCUCCUCCAUCAAGCGGAUGAGCUUGACCAUGAUGGAUGGUCACAGGAUCCUGGACUUCCAUCUCAGAGGGGCAGAUAAGCAGCAGAUCUUCAGUGAAAUCUACCUUAGUGUCAUGGUAGAGGAAGUCAAACUCAGCUUGAAAGACGAAGAGAGGGACAAGUGCAUGUGGCACGCAGUGCUGCGAAGAGACAGAAGCAGAACCUUCAAAACGUCUCUUUUUCUGCUGGCUGCAGAAGAAACCGAGGGUGACGAGCUCGAUCGAGACAUCGCACCCAGCGGGGCGGGCGCAGAUGCACCGCGCGCCAGUUGCCGGCCCCCCAGAUCGCGGCGCAGCCGGCCAGGCUGGGCAGACAGAGGACAAAUCCCAGGAGCCUCCGCGACGACGACAGAGAAGCACUUCCUGGAUCUGCACCGAGUGGAGCUGAUCAACCGCGUCGUCGAAGUGAAGGGCGUCCUGGACCUCCUGCUCGGGGAUGUUCUGGACUUCGAGCAAUACCAAAGGAUCCUGGCGGAGAAAACGUCCCACAGCAGGAUGCGCGAGCUGUUCAAGCUGAUGCCGAGCUGGACUCCCUGGUGCAAGGACCGCAUCUACGAGGCCCUGAAGGAGAAGCACCCACACCUCGUCGAAGAUCUUGAGAAGUAACCAAUGCUGCUCCUCAAUACGGUCUUCCGUGGAGGAGCAAAGUCCCUCAGGCAGCUCACAAGUGACCUCACCAAUGGCAGCGUCACCGCAGGAUCAACGCCUUGCUGAGGACGGAAAGCACCUCUGGAGAUCACCUACCCCCACCGCCUUUUUUAUAGCAAGGUCACCUAGAACAGGUUGCC